GGAUAGUCAUUAGAAAUGAUUGUCCGUCAACAAGAUCCAUCCAAGGAGUUAAUCCUGGUCUUGUGGCCUGCUGCACAACAUAAAUGCAUGAAGUAUACCUACGACGACGUCAUCCCGCCUACCACAAAUUACACCAAGUAUAAAGUAGGGCUGCUUGCUUACUGCCUUUUCGAUUUCCUGAAUCUAUUCAACUAUCUCCCUGAGUUUGCAGAAACAUUCCAAAGUCACUAUCUGCCAGCUAAUCCAAGAAGAUAAGCAAUAUCCGUUCACUGGAAUUCAUCAUGCCUGUCAUUCCGUCAGACACUUCCAACUUCCCCACGGCUCAGGGAAGCAAUAACCCCAAAGACAACUCCUCGAAGGGCUCAGAGCAUGAGCAAAAGAAGGCUACUGUCUUUGAUCAUAUCUCUAAGGGACCCCAAAUUCCUGAUAGCAUGCCACCCAAAGCCUCGAGGGAGGAGAUCGAACAGCGCAAGAAGGAACUGAACCAGUAGAAUGAUGUAUUCUGCUGUGGAUGAUUAUUUCAGUAUCAUGCCGUCUUCUCGGACAAAGUCGCUGUGAUUUUCAGCUCCUUCCAUCCACCUUACUUGUUUUCUAUGUUGUAUUAAUGAGUGCAACGACCGCAAUGACACACUACCCAACUGUACCAGAGCGACGAUUGUUCAGAAUAGUACCAAACAACCUGCAAAUCUUGUUUCACAAAUUUGGUAAACUUUGAAAUCUUGAAAUCUAUUUCAGAUCUCGAGCAAUAGCUGCCUGAGCCAAAGAAUUUCAGGAAUCAGGAGCACCAUGUUUGGGCAUGGACAACUCAUCAUGGACUGCUGAUUAUCACAGGGGCUUCUUGUAGAAUGGGAGUUCUGGAGACCAGUGGCGUUAGUCCAAUCUUCACAGCUUUGAGGUCUCAGGGUCCGCUCCUUGAGCGA